AAAUAUGAAUCUCCUCCCGAAAACACACGAGGAAUUCAGUCACGCGGAAUACUGGAACACGUUCUUUAAAAAGCGUGGCAAGAAAGCGUUCGAAUGGUACGGUGAAUAUCCAGAAUUAUGCGAAAUACUUGUGAAAUAUAUCAAGAUGAAAGAUGAUAUUCUGAUCGUUGGUUGUGGAAAUUCUACGUUAAGCAUGUCUUUGUACGACGUUGGCUACAGAAAUAUCAUUAAUAUCGAUAUAUCACAUAUUGUCAUAAAACAAAUGCGCGAUAUAAAUAAUGGUACGAGACCGGAUCUGAUAUACGAACAUAUGGAUGCCACGCAAAUGACAUAUCCUGAUGAGAAAUUUAGUGUGGUUCUCGACAAAGGUACGCUGGAUGCUCUAAUGCCAGAUACCAAAGAGACAACGAUAUCUAUAAUUGAUAGAUAUUUCAAGGAAAUCACACGAGUGUUACGGAAUGGAGGCAGGUACAUUUGCAUAUCAUUGCUACAAGAGCACAUUCUGCGCAAGCUUUUGUCGUACUUUCCUGCUUCGGGUUUCAUGUUCCGCAUAGUACGAUGCCACGAGGCCGAGUCGAAAGCACGUGUGGAGGAAGGCACUUCAGUCCCAGUCUUCGUGAUUGUUGCUACCAAAUUUACCAAAUUAUCCCAGACCGUUCUCGAGAUAGCUCUGGUCGAUGGUCCACCUGAGCGAGUGUCUACAACGGAUGACAUUGUAUCCGUAAUAUUGUCUGUACAACAAUCGGCAUUGGUGUGCAAUAGUCUUUAUAAGAGAAGCGUCGCCGAUGUGGGAGAAGUAUCGUUGGAUUUACAUCGUCCGGGUGAUAAGAAUCCACGAUACACCGUUUACGUUCUCGAUCAACCGCGCACACGGACAAGGACAUACGCGGCUUUCAUUGUCCCGCAAGGAAAAGAAACGGAUUGGUUGUUCAGUACAAAAGAAGGACGACAGCAGGUUCUGAAAAGCGCGCAGCGAGAUAGACUCGCCAUUGUCACCUUACGCAGAGAGCACAAAUUUGAAAGUUGGGAUACUGUGAAAGCAGAGUUAGAAGAUUGCGUUCGGAAUUUAGCACCAGCUGGCUUGUGCGGCAAGAAUGAUAUUCCCUUCUUGUCUUUGGGUUCUGAUGUUGGCGUUCGAAACGUUUGCUACGAAGGAAAGAGCGAUAUCAGCGGGCCGUUUGUUAUCGAAGAAGUGGAGAAGGAUGGCCACGAGUUCAGGCGACUCUUGUUCUUGAACAAUCCAUAUGUCAUUCAGAGUGAAACCAGACUGAAGGAAGCAAAAUCUAGACGUGGCAAAACGAAGAAAAUUGCCGAUCCCGGAUUCUUAGCUUGUGAACAUCAUAUACAUAUGAGCGCUGGCGUAAAUGCGGUAAUUGAUACGAAGGAACAGGAAGAAAUUAUGAUUGUAGGACUUGGAGGUGGUGGUCUUUGCAUGUUCUUACAUCAAUGUUUUCCCAAAUUAAAAAUUACUGCAGUCGAAAUUGACAGUGCAAUGCUAAAGGUGGCUACCGAAUACUUCAAUCUCGUUCUUGAUGAGCGAAUGAAAGUGGAGAUCGCGGAUGGAAUUCGAUAUAUUAAAAACGUUGCAGCAUCCGAGACGAAGUAUAAGGCGAUACUUUUUGAUAUUGAUAGCAAAGACACUACUAUUGGAAUGAGUUGUCCGCCGAAACAAUUUCUCGAAAUGUCAGUACUGAAAGCAGUCGCGGCGUGUUUAACAGAGAACGGUCUUUUUAUCUUGAAUUUAGUCAGUAGAGAUAAAAAUUUGAAAGAGAAAGCCAAGGAUGAUCUGAAAUCGGUAUUCCAGUCGGUCACUUGCCAUGCUAUUCAAGAUGAAAUAAACGAAAUCGUUAUGUGUUUUGUCGAAAAACACAACCCGAAAGAAUUGAAAAACAGACUUAGACUCGCCGUCGCUGACUUGAACAAGCAAGCGACUGCAAGAAAAUUAUCCUCUUUCAAGGAAUCAUUUGAUGUCUCUACAUUUUUAGAAAGUUUAUCUGUGGAAUCCUAAUCGCUUUGUACAAAUGUAUUUAUCGUGAUAAAUAAAAGUAAAAAUUAAU